CUUUUACUACAUUUUCAUGGUUUCUUCAGUGGAAAAAUAUUGCUAUGCACGCUGUGUGAUCACACUUCCUAUUUCCCGCGCCCUACCAAGUACAGUCUCUCUGGAUUCAUCCCGCAGAUGCAGCAGCGCGGACGACCAAAGCUCGACGUCGACAUGGACGGGGUGGACAGCGCACACCGCGCUCAAAAUGAUGCCCGACGUCGACGGGCCCGUGUUAAAUCGACCACGUGGCCGCAGCCCUCGUUCCAGACUGUCUGCGUGCUCUCCACUCCAUCGUCCUUCACCCCUGCUCCUCCACUUACUUCGUGUUUCUGUUGCACUUGCCAAGCUGCCGCGUACACCAUCCUCCCCGUCUCCGCCCGCGUCCAGACACCAUGGGCGCGCUGAAUUCUCCAGGAGGACCCCUGGCCGCAGACAUCAGGUAGCGUCCACCUCAAACACGCUCAGCGCCGCGCCGCAGCGCCCGCCCCUGCAGGACUGGAGCACGAGCUACAUGGGAGGAUCCUCCGGUUCCAACUCGGACGACUCUUCGGAUGACGACUCGGAUGUCACCGACGACGGCUUGCAGCAGUCCAGAGGACGUCCCCUCGCGAAGAAAGCUGCGGGAAACUCAAAGAAGAUAAAGGGCGCUGCGGGGAACGCGGACAAGGCAGCUGGCGCGCAGCCACCGCCACGUCGGACGGGCAGCGCGCGGCGGGGGGAAAGCCCCGUGCACUUGCACCAACGUCGCACCUUCACCCGCUCUCGAUCACCCGCGCUCAAUGCUGCCAACGGCUUUCAUUUCGGCACCAGUAUCCACCCCCCGCGCCCGUCCUCGCCGUCCCUCUUCUCGAAGCCCUCGCCGACCGAGAUCCGCAACCUCUUCCCGAGCUUCCUCCAUCUCACCGUGCGCGUCCCCUUCUCCCCCGCGCGGUGGCGUGUCACCCUCGAUCUGCGCCAGGCAGCAGAGAACAGCAUCCUCAUCUGUUCCGCCGGCUAUGCCGCGGCCAAAAUGUGCGCGUGCGCGCGUGAACCAUUGUCCCCGGAUCUAUGGAACGCCCGCGACAGGCUGUCGCCGGAGAUGUGGAUUUCUAUAGGUGCCUGUCGUGUCGUUCUUCGUGGAAGCAAUACGCGGUGCUGAACUCGCGUUUACGUUAUCCCGCCCUGUCAGAGCUCGCGCUACUCAUCAUCGCUUCGGUCGUGUACUUUUUCAUUACAAGGCUCAGUUGGACAAAAUUAGGGACAAUUUCGGAUAGUGCCGCCGUGAAGCCGACUAAUGUGCCUGACAGGCCU